AUGUCAUCUGGAGCUCAAAAGGUGGAAUUGCCCUCACCAAGAGGUAAUUUAUGUGCUGAUGCUAAACCCAAGAACUCUAUCAUUCAAGGAUUGGGUCUGCCGAACAUUUUGCCCAAACCUCAGAUAAAUCUUCCAAGGAACCCAGAUUUAGAUGCUACCUGGUGCGGAAGCCUUGAGAUCCUUGAUAUGGUUUCUUGUGGUCAAUUUUGUGAUGGGUUCCAGGCUCAUCUUCCGGGGAAAGUCCAUCCUGAAACUGUAGAGUAUUCAAGGCUCAUGCCUAAUGUGCUCCAGUAUACGUUGCUCCCUUGUAGCAGUGUAUUGGCAGAAAUCUUUGAGAAUGACAGACCCACUGUAAAUGAUAUGGCACUGUUAUUUUCCCCUGGCGAUUUUGAGAGGUCUAAACAACAGUAUUUUAGCCUCUUGGGACUUCUAGAGAUGCGAUAUAUGGCACUGAGGAGUCAUAUAAAUGGUGUCAAUCUAUUGAUUUCGUCUUCUAAGAGGCUAAAUCUAGAUUCUUGUGUUAAGUGA